CCCAAUGAGGAUAUAUACAUGCACACGCAAUACAGCACACAGUCGACAGCCGGCAGUCGUAGGAAACGGGCCGUGCUCUCCUUCCUCCUCCGUCCUCUGAGGUAGUGAGGAAGAGAGAAAGGAAAAGAAGAGAGAUAUAAAGAGAGAGACAGAAAGAGAAAGAGAAAAAGAGUAGUAGUAAUACUUGUCUCUCGAACGUAUCGAAGAGUUUAGCCGGUCUCGCGUCUUAUUGUCGUUUUCUUCCAUCGAGGAAGAAGCUGAGAUCGCGUGCGAGAUAUACAUCAUAGAAAGUAAAAGAGAACGAGAGAAAAAAAAAAUAUAUAUAUAUAUAUAUACAUGUAUGUAUAUAUAUUAUAUAUACAUACAAUACGUAUAUAUAAAAGGAAGAUUUCAUUGUGAAAAGAAGUAUAAUAAUCGUCUUCGAAGAUAUUCCGACACAAGAUUUUCGUCGAUCAUUUUACAUCUAUCGUUUGCUAUUCUUUUGACUUUCUUUUUUCUUUUCCCAUCCUUGUUUUUAUCUUUCGAUUUUGUUAUCUUUAUCUUUUAAUUAACCAUGAACGUUUUGGUGUCGUCCGUGUUGUACACCUCUCGUGGCAAACCACGGGAGUUAGGGUACAAGAUAAACGAUCGAAUUUCUACGAAGGAUUAUCAUCGUUGCAGAAGAAGAUAAGGAAAAGGGAAAUUGUUUUACCUGUUUGAUAUAACAGGAACGUUGAACAAUACGUUUAACUUAUUCGAUCCUUUUCUAUUUUGCUUUGAUUCCCAGUUUCUUUCUUUUUUUUUUUCGUUCUUUUUCUCUUUCUUUUCUUUCUCUCUUCCAUUCUAUUUUUCUUCCUCUUCUUCUUCUACUCUUUUUUUCAACGAGAGUUUUAGAAGUGCGACACUCUCGAUUUUUCGAAGGGUUGGUGUGUUGUGUGUGAUUAUUAUGUAAAGUUUGCUGCGUUUGUGGUGAGCAAUCGUUGCCGCCGCUGCUGCUACGACAUAGACGGAAUUAGGAAGAAAGUGAAAAGAACGUGUGUCAAGAUAAAACGUAACGUUUGAAGCAAUCGAAAGACUUUAAAAAAAAAAUAUAUAUAUAUAUAUAGAGAGAGAGAGGGAUCGAGAUAGAGAUAGAGAAGAAGUGUCUUGAUCGUUCUAGAUCAAAGGAACGAUCGAAAUAAGCAAAAAAAAAGAAAAGGAAAAGAUAAGAAAAAAAAAAGAAAAGAAAAAAGGGGGAGUGCGAAGAUCCGCGUAGAACCGCGUUGAGUUCUCUCUUUGCAGAGAGCAGCCGAGUGAAUUAAGGCCCGGACAGGCCACGAGCUCGCGUUCCUGGCUAUGGGCAAGCUCUCAAUAAUCAUUCGAAGUGGUACUCGUGAAAACGACCGAGAAGAGCCGGCAAAGCAAGAGCAACAACAGCAAAAUCAACAACAGCAAAGCCAAUACCAAUACCAAUACCAAUACCAAUAUCAGCAACACCAAAAGCAACAUAAUCAACAAUAUAAUCGGUACCAAAAGGAUAAACAAAGUUCUUGUCGUAAUAACACCAAAGUUAUCAUAUCAUGCUGUGCCGACUCUUCUUCAGCUGCUAAUAGUAGCUUGCUUGAUGUUUGCGAAGAAGUUGGAAAGGUGAGAUCCGGUACUCGAGGACAACCACCACUACCACGUGCUGUUUAUUCUCCAAAGACCGACGACCAUCGUAACGAGACCACAACCUCUUUAUUUUCCUCAUUUUCCUUUUGUGCUACGAUAGAAAACGAUAAUAGUGUUGCUAAUAGAGAACGCAAAGAACUGGGUGAGGUGUUUCUCGGUGGUGAAAACUUUAGAAAAAUUUCUUCUUCGUCUUCGUCGUCUUCGUCCUCCAUUUCUUUAUCAAGGAGAUCAACAAGAAUUUUAUCUGGAAGUAUUAUCCUUGCUCUACUCGUGAUGAGCGUUUUGUACGAGCCUACACUUGGUGUACCAGCACCAGCAGCAUCAUCUUCUUCUUCUUCUUCUUCUUCUUCUUCUUCUUCUUCCUCUUCCUCCUCGUCUUCUUCUUCUUCUUCAUCAUCAUCUUCUUCAUCUUCUUAUGAGCUUCAACAGCAGGUGGAAACCAACUUGAGAUUCCACGAAUUCGAAGAGAACUACGAGGAUGAGGUAUACGAGCCAACGGCUACGGCUACGCCAACUAGUGCUGGUCAUUCUUCGAGGAACGUGCUCGGCGACGAAGAGCUCGAAAUUAUCAGAAGGAGCAUCGUUGAAAGCCUCGGGCUUCAGAGGAUACCCGAUCCUUCUAAGGCUAACAUAAGCCAGACGGAAUACGAGAGGGCGCACAGAGAGUACCUGAAGAAAGUGCAGCUGUCGCAGCAUCAUGGACCACCGCAGGAGUCGAGAAAGCGAAGAAGACUUCACGUGUUUCAUGGCGCAGAGCAUUUUGGAAAUAGGACGAGACGAGAGACGAUGGAAGCAAAAUCAGAAUCAGAAGGAGAAGAAGAAGAAGAAGUAGCAGCAGAAGAAGAAGAAAUAGAAGAAGUCAAAGAAAAGGAAGAAUACGAUGAGGAAAUAGAAAAAAAACAAGAUGAAGAAAAAGAAAAAGAAGAAGAAGAAGAAGAAGAAGAAGAAGAAGAAGACGAUGAAGUAGAAAAAGAAGGACAAAAGGAAAAAGAAAAAGAUGGCGAGAUUCUUCAACGAUUGUUCUUCCCAGUGGAAAUACCCGAGGAUUUAAACGAAGAAUAUUCCACGGUUGAUCAUGCAUCCUUGAGGUUUCUUUUAACGGGAGAUCACCGAGGUAGUAGUAACAAUGACAACUAUCUGGAAAUUGUCGUUUAUCUACGAAACGAACAAUUGGAUACCGAAACGAUAACGUCGUCGUCAUCAUCAUCAUCAUCAUCAUCAGCAUCAGCAUCAUCGUCAUUAUCAACUUUGUCGUCGUCGUCGUCGUCGCCGUCGUCAUCGUCAGGCUCAACAAGAAAAACAACAAGGAGUAGGAAACGAAGUCCACAAGUACGAAGAAAAAUUCGAUUGGACGAUCCGAGAGAUUCGAAAUGGUUAGAAUUUGAUGUUACGGAUUUAACGAUAAGUUCCUUCCUCGAUGAACCUAAGAUCCUCGAAUUCGAGAUAGAGUUUUUACAAAAUGGCAAACGGAAUCGUCGUAACAUUGAUCUACCUGUUUUAAAUCUUUUCACAACGUCGUAUGAGACUAUGAUUAAUAAUAAUAAUAAUUAUAAUAAUAAUAAUAAUAAUAAUAAUAAUAAUAAUAAUAAUAAUAAUAAUAAUAACAAUAAUAAUAAAGUUAAUAGAAGAAGGAAACGCGGUGCACCGGAGCAAUUGUUAUCGCUUCACAAGGGCCGAAGGACCGAGUGUCGGGGUGACAACAAAAAAUGUUGUAGACACGAAAUGACUGUUAUAUUCAAGGAUUUAAAGGGUUUCGAAUUUAUCGUACAGCCGAAAACAUUCGACGCGGGUUAUUGUAAGGGCCGUUGUCCACCAAGAUACAAUCCUGCCCAUCACCAUGCCCUAUUACAAAGCCUGAUAUGGAAGGAAGACAGAAGGAAAGCACCGAGACCUUGUUGUGCACCAAGCAAACUCGCCGAACUCGAGAUUCUUUAUUUCGACGAGAACGACUCUACCAGUUUGAAGGUCUCCAAUUGGAAGAACAUGCGUGUAUUGGAGUGUGCUUGCUCGUAGAAAGGGAGAAAGGGACCUUCGAAAGAGAGAAAGAGAGACAGAGACAGAGAGAGACAGAGAGAGAGAGAGAGAGAGAGAUGGUCUUGAACCAAUCCAGGAGUCGUUUAGGACUCACCAAAGAAUCGUCCGAAUAACGUGGUUUGUCUGUCAGGUGGUUUUUUUUUUGUUUAACCCUUUCCUCAACCCCCCACCAACCCUAUUUCGUUUUACUUUAUCUUUUUUUUUUUUUAAUCUUUAUUUGUCUAUUUUGUUCAAUUUCUCUUUGUUUUUUUUUUUUUUAAUCUUUAUCUAUUCAUUUUUUUUUUUUUUAAUCUAUUCAUCCUUUUUUACUUCCUUUCGUUAACGCAAUCUCUUAUCUAUUUUUAUUAAAAAAAAAAAAAAAAAAACUAAAAAAAAAUCACUAAUAGGAUAUAUACUUCCUUGUCGAUCUUCCUUUCGUUCGAUAUUAUUAUAAGAGAUAUAAAUACGUAAGAGAUAAGAUUAGAAAAUUAGGGAUCUAAUUUCUGCUGGGGAAGGGAGGAAAGAAAAAGAAACCACCUAAAAAGAAAUCCAGAAGAAGACCCCCUUUUGACUCCCUCUCGGUAAUAGCGGGUCUCACAUUGACUGUGAUACUAAGAUAUCUGCUUGUCAUUGUUCAUUAUAGUUGUUACUAUUAGUUGUAUUUUUUUAAUUAUAAGGAUUCUUUUUAAUCGUUAACUAACCUGAUCGAGAUAUUGUCGAGUUUGUUUGUUUGUUUGUUUCUUUUUCUUUAUUUUUUUAUUUUUAUUAUUUUUUUUUAUUUCUCUUCUAUCUAUAUAUCUAUCUAUC